CCGGUUUGGACGGGUUUUGCCAAAUUUGCAGCUUGUGCCGGCGCUCACGCUGCCGGACUUGCGCGCGUAUCGUGAGCAACGGGCGAAAUACGUGACGAGGAGGCUACGUGGACGACGCUUCUGGGCUUGCCUGACGAGCACACUGGUCACAUGCUCCGCGUGUACUGCGUGUACCACGAGUUCAGGCGCACGGGCAUUCUAGGAGUAGACGGCACGCGCGCGCCCAUCAGCCCCGACGUCGUCUUCUCCUCGACCGCCCUGCGCGCGGCCUCGCCCACGACGCGACCUGGAUCAUCACCGGCGCCGGCGGCGCGAUGGGCGGCAGCCGGUAGCCCUCGGGCCAGGCGUAGAACAUGGCUAUUGUCCAAGUCAAUUGGUAGAGGACGUAGAGGACGAGGAGGCCGCGGCGAUCAAUGGUGCUUGAGUCCUCUACGGCGCGCACCGGGCCGCCCGACGGCCCGGGUCUAAGAGGAUGCGUGCGCAGGUGGAGCGAUGCAACUCGGGGCCCCGGUCCCUAUUUCGGCGGCCACGAGAAUCUCGCUCUAUUUCUGCGCCCGCGCGGUUGAGCCUGAGGCGAACUUGGCGCCUUGAAGGCGAAACUUUCAGGUGCCGCGCGACGAAGCGACCAGACCGGUAGCGUUCCGCGUACUAGAGGACGCGACGGCCUCAACGCAGAGGCAGGCGCAGAUAUAGCGCGGCCUGGCGAGCUCAGCACACUCCGGCAAUGCAGCAAACAUCGUCGAUAUGCGGAUCGACGUAAUCUUCCAAGGAGAGGAUUGCGAGCCAGGAAUGAUGUAAGAACCCCGGGCAAGCGUACGAUUGGCUUUGAUUGGCCUUGCUAGUGGCUUUACAGACCGCUAGCCUCGGUUUUUCGAGCUCGAUUGGGCAGCACGAUAAAUCCGGAGGUUAGGCUCAGGAACUGUGCAAGACAACGAUCGAUCAAAACUCGCAGCACAGCAGUCCAUACUCUCGCAUUGCACUGAUCCGCCAAGCACAGCGCUACACCAGGAGAUGGCAGCCACGGACAAGAGCUUGCUGGCCGAGCCGACGGGCAGUAGCCACCUCAAGAAACUUGUGAUCGACGCACCCUCCACAAGCGACCAACCAAAGGUAAUAGAUGUGGACGCGCCCCCGCCACCACCAGAAGACGAUCUAGAAGUCGAGGAGGUCGAGCCGAGCUUAGCAGAUUUGAUGAUGGGCGACGCGUUACAAAAUAAAGCGGAACGCGCCGCCAAGACGGCCAAGGAAGAAAAGCGCAUGAAAAAAAGUUUUGGCGACGGCAUGAAGAAGGGCCUGAAAAAAGGGUUUUUCGACAAGAAACCGUCGAGCAAGAAGCAACCGGCCAAGCCGAAGCCGAAACCCAAGGAGGACGAGAUGCCCACGAUCACACGAUCGUCAAAGAAGGAGCCGGGCGAGGUCAUGCAGUCCAUGAAGGAGGAGAUCGCGUCGAGUAUGGCGCAGGAUCGACACCCGUUGGCCGCCGCGCUCCAGGGCGGCGAGUGGGUCACGCCCGAUUUGAUAAAGGAGAUGGCCAAGCGGCCGGUCCUGGCCAAGGGCAUGUCGAAUCCCAAGUACCAGGCGCGUUUCGCGGCGUCUGUAUAUAUCUACUGGUGUAGCGUCGCGGCGAUGGCGUUACGUGAGAGCGAUUCGCGUGCGGUUACGCCAUCGGGGUUUGCUGCAUCGCGUCGAUGGCGCCGCGAUGACAUACGACACGCGCAGGCGGCGUUACAAGAGCUCCAGAAGGACCCGAAGAACGGCGCGAAAAAGUUCGACAGCGAUCCGGAACUCAAACGCUUCCUGACGGAGUUCUGCGAGGUCAUGGGCAGCCACAUGAUCAAGCUGGCGGGCGACGAGGACGCCCCUAAACCCUCAACACCAGCUUUACCGACGGAAAAAGAGAAAAAGGAGAUGGGCCCCCUCUGCUCGCAAAUCGCCGAGGACUGCGCGAAUGGCAAGGGCCCCGAGCCCUGCAAAACGAAAAAGGAGCAGGACGAAGUUGAUGCGGUGUUGAAAAAUGAGGAAUUGCGGGAGCUGCUGAUGAACCCGAAGACGCAGGAGCUCAUGCAGCGGUGCUCGGACCCGCGGGCCUUCCAGGAGGCGAUGCGCGAUCCCGCGAACCGGGCCAUCAUCGGGAAGCUCGAGCAGGCGGGCUUGGUCCAGCUGCAACGGUAGCCUAGUCACGGUAAAUUUUGAGUGUUAUAA